UAAAACCUAAGAUUAAAAUAUGAUAGUCUUUUGGAGUUGUGUCAUGUUUGUGGGCAUAUAGGACUCUUUGACGAGCGAUUAUGAAUUAGCUAUUCAAAUUAAGGAAGGGAAGGAAAAAUAGUGUAGCAGUUUGGCACUUGUUUGAAACCUGAGCUAGAAAAUAUAUGGUGCCCGAAUACAUUGAAAGAGCUAAAGAUUAUUUGAUACCUACUGCUUCUUUGCAUAUAAUCAGCAAAGGACAGGGACAAGAAGCUACCUCUAAGCAUGCAGCAGCCAUUGAGGCACAAAGGGAUCAACUAACGGUCUUAGGCAUUAAAGGUGAAGAAGCGUGUAUCAACAAUAACUUGCAAGCAAAGGAGGUCACUGGUGAGAGGAAUCCUAUUGCCGUCUUGAUUAUGCAAUUGAUUGAACUACCAUUGAGAGUUUCCUCCCGAGCUAAGGAUGUAAAAGGGAAGAGGAAGUUGGCUCGUGAUGCAUUUGAAGAUGGAAAGGCAUCUAAGGUCAAGUUGGAUGACUGAGGUACUUCAAUGGCAACGUAGGUGGAUGUUUUUCAUCCAUUUGCAGAUUGGAAACUUAUCUGAGUCUAGACAGAGCUUUGUAGUGUUGGGAGACCACUACAUUGCCAUGUCUUUUGAUUUCUCGUAUUAGGACUAAAUGGUAAAAUAGAUG